AUGGUCUCCGUCAAGGUCCUCCUCGCUCUCCUCCCUCUGGCCCUUCAGGCGACGGCCCUCCCUUCUCCCCUCGAGGAGAACCACCUCGAGCGCCGUGUCUGCGUGCCUCCCAGCAACUGCUCUCCCAUUGGAAACUGCGAGUUCUGCUGCAGGACGGGCGUGACGCCCAACAGCUCUAACUGCCACUCGCACGUCCGUGAGGUCACGGUGGAUGAUUGGAUGCCCAAGGCUCAGAAUGGAGGAGAGACACUCGUUUGA